UUUUCUUUUUAGUUAAUUGUGAAACCUUUCGAGCACCAUGGCCAUGCAAGCGCAGUAUGAAGCCGCCGCCGCAGAAGAAGAAUCUUUUGGACCUCAAGCUAUAUCCCGUCUGGAGCAAUGUGGAAUCAAUGCCAAUGAUGUGAAGAAGCUGGAGGAGGCCGGGUUCCACACUGUAGAGGCCGUGGCCUACGCUCCAAAGAAAGAGCUGAUCAAUAUCAAAGGGAUCAGUGAGGCUAAAGCGGAUAAGAUCCUGGCAGAAGCUGCAAAACUCGUCCCCAUGGGAUUUACCACAGCGACAGAGUUCCACCAGAGGCGUUCGGAGAUCAUACAGAUCUCUACAGGCUCCAAGGAGCUGGACAAGUUAUUACAAGGGGGAAUCGAAACCGGCUCCAUUACAGAGAUGUUUGGAGAGUUUCGCACAGGGAAGACGCAGUUAUGUCACACUCUGGCCGUCACCUGUCAGCUUCCUAUUGAUAGAGGUGGUGGUGAAGGGAAAGCCAUGUACAUAGACACAGAGGGCACCUUCAGACCGGAGAGGCUCCUCGCUGUUGCCGAAAGGUACGGUUUAUCAGGCAGCGACGUUCUGGACAACGUGGCUUAUGCUCGAGCCUUCAAUACUGAUCACCAGACCCAACUUCUGUACCAGGCUGCAGCCAUGAUGGCAGAAUCCAGGUACGCUCUUCUCAUAGUGGACAGCGCUACAGCUCUAUACAGAACAGAUUACUCGGGCAGAGGGGAGCUGUCUGCGCGGCAGAUGCACUUGGCUCGCUUCCUGAGGAUGUUGCUGCGGCUGGCUGAUGAGUUUGGCGUGGCCGUGGUGAUCACCAAUCAGGUGGUAGCUCAGGUGGACGGAGCAGCCAUGUUUGCCGCUGAUCCUAAGAAACCCAUUGGAGGAAACAUUAUAGCCCAUGCGUCCACAACAAGAUUGUACUUACGAAAGGGCAGAGGAGAGACCCGUAUCUGCAAGAUCUACGACUCUCCUUGUUUGCCCGAGGCUGAGGCCAUGUUUGCCAUUAACGCUGAUGGGGUAGGUGAUGCCAAGGACUGAGCGCAAUCCCCCGAGAUCAGAGCGACCACCAAGGAGGUGGACUGAUCAAACCCCCCACCUUCUUAUAAAGUGAUGCUGUAAUGCUAGGAUACAGUAUCGCUCUAUGAGCUGCGGUGGUCUGACCUCUGGGACCCGCACUGAUCCUGCUGGAGCCGUAUUUAGUGCUGCGUCCCUGCUUUUCCUUGCACAGUCUUUCACUCGUCCUCAACUUGAAUUGCAGCCAUUUCCAUUCGCAAAGUGGCUGCAGCACCGGAUGAUUCUUGCGCCCCCCUUUUUUAUCAGAACGGUGGAGACCCUGUGCUUGCGCCCCCUACUGAUUAUAAAUUGGCGCAUCCUAGCAAUAAGCCAUUACUGUCAGAUGGGAAUGUCCUGUAAGAGUUAAUGAACCUUAAUGGUGGAUGCCGCCAAGUUUACAGAGUGUACAACAUUCAUCUCCCAUGUAAACCAAUUGGAUCCUUUGGACUUAUGCAAGAAACCCUAAGACAACACUGACAAGAGGUUCUGACAAACUUAAAGGGGUACUCCGGUGGAAAACGAUUUUUUUUUUUUUUUUAAAUGAACUGGUGCCAGAAA